AUGACCUACUCGUCACAGGUUUCAUCUUUGAGACUGAUCGUUGAGUUUAAGCAAGAGAUGGCUCGGAAGUUUGAGAUUAGUGACCUUGGUAAACUAACCUAUGAUCUGGGUAUUGAUGUACGACAAACUGAUGAAGGUAUUGUGUUGUCACAAGACAAAUAUGCUCAUAAGAUCUUUGAGGAAGCCGGUAUGCAUAAGUGCAAUCUUACUCAUAUCCCUAUGGACAUGAACAUGAGACUCUCCAAGUCACCUCGAGAAACUAGCAUUGACGAAAGGGAAUAUAUGCAAGAACCUAAGGAUACCCACAGAGCAGAUUUGAAGCAAAUCUUCUGGUACUUGUGUGGUACUACUUCUUUUGGUUUACGUUUCACGAGAGCAACAAAGCAAGAGCAGGUGGGUUUUAGUGAUAGCUUUCACAAUGUUGAUAAUGCUGACGAGAUUGUGGCAUUAUCGUCGUGUGAAGCAGAAUUUAUGGUGGCUACGGAAGCUGCGAAGCAGGCAAUAUGGCUCCAGGAGCUUUUGAGUGAAGUCGUUGGUGAUGACUGCAAGAUGGUGGCUAUUCAAGUUGAUAACAAGUCAGUGAUCUGA